GUGUCUUGUGUCAAAAAGUUUCACUUCACAUUUCACAAAGAAAAACAUUUCCAAAUUGCGUUUUCAUUUAUUUAUCAAUUCUUUUCAUCUAUAAAUCCUUACUCUAUCCAAUCUGUAUACAAUAAUUAAAAUAUGGAAACACAAAAUACAGAGAAAUCCGCAGCGGAAAAACUUAUAGAACGCAAAGAACGCUUAAGAAAACUCCACAAUCUCCGUCAACAAGCCAGAACUGAAAACCACCAAGAAGUCAUUGCAGAAGAUGCCCGAAACAAGCUGCCCAAAAAUUGGGAAUCCCGCAAACGCCAAGCUGACUGGAUCGUCAGCGAUGCCCAUGCACGAGAAGCAGCCGAAGCCGAAGGUAAGGAUUACGAUCGUAUGAAAAUGCUCGAAGUUUCAGCCAUCGAUGCGACUAGAAUCGAGAAGAAAAAACAAAAGAAGAAUCCCGACGGUGGAUUUUCGACUUUCGAAGCCCAAACUGCACGUCAAUAUAAUCGAUUGGUUAAGAAUAUGACACCCCGAGACAUGGAAAAGUAUGAAAAACAAAAACAGGAACUAGGUGAAGAAGCAUUCUACUGUGUGCCCAAUACUCUUGUUCACAACAUACCUCAGGACGAUCCGGAGGCUAUAAAUAAAAUGGUCAAGGACCUGGAAACACAAAUUGAACGCAGGAAGAAAUACUCCAGAAGGAGGAUCUACAAUGACGAUGCGGAUGUUGAUUUCAUCAACGAACGCAACUCCAAAUUCAACAAAAAACUGGACCGUUUCUAUGGCGAGUACACUUCGGAGAUUAAACAGAAUCUGGAAAGAGGAACAGCCAUUUAGGUUCCUGUUAUUGUACUUUUAGGUUUUAAGGUAGUGUUCAAUAUUUUUUUCUUCUCUAAAUCAAACUCAAAAUAAAGUUUUGAUGUAUAAAUAUA